AUGAUCCGGCAGCGCGAGCGGAUGGUGAGGACGCACGCCGAGAAAAUGGAGAGGCUGUUCCAGGCCGCCGAUGGGUCCGGGGACGGCUUGGUAGACGUGGAGGAGUUCCAGGCCACCAUGAGGGAGCCCGACGUGCAGACCUGGUUGGCCUCCAUGGACCUGGACGUGGAGGACGCGGCGGUCGUCUUCCAGCUGGUAGACUCCGACGGCGACGGGAGGCUCACGGCGGAUGAGUUGGUUGCAGGGGUGUCACGGCUGAUGGGUGACGCGAGGAAUUUGGACUUGCUGGUCCUCAUGCGAGAGCAGAGGGAGAUCAUGCAUCUGAUUCAGGACGAGGUCAUCCCACAGCUGGGAGUCAUCCGCGGGUCUCCCGUCGCGGCCAAGCGGAGCGCCGUCUCGCAGAUGGGACAGACCCGCCUCGCUGGCAUCGGCGGCAGGCUCAUGAAGUCGCGUGCUAGGUCGUCGACGGCGCUGAGGUAG